ACCUCAGCGAGGUGCACACGCUGAGCAUGGAGGGUGAGUGACGUCACGCCCGUGCGAGCCUGCCCCGAGCGCGGCAUGCAGGCGGCGCGGAGUCUCGCCGCUGCUGUGACGUCAGCGGGCGCGCCGUCACGCCGCAGGGCUACUACAGCGACCUCAGCGAGGUGCACACGCUGAGCAUGGAGGGUGAGUGACGUCACGCCCGUGCGAGCCUGCCCCGAGCGCGGCAUGCAGGCGGCGCGGAGUCUCGCCGCUGCUGUGACGUCAGCGGGCGCGCCGUCACGCCGCAGGGCUACUACAGCGACCUCAGCGAGGUGCACACGCUGAGCAUGGAGGGUGAGUGACGUCACGCCCGUGCGAGCCUGCCCCGAGCGCGGCAUGCAGGCGGCGGCGCGGAGUCUCGCCGCUGCUGUGACGUCAGCGUGGCGCCGUCACGCCGCAGGGCUACUACAGCGACCUCAGCGAGGUGCACACGCUGAGCAUGGAGGCAGCGGCCGAAGCGGAGACUGCGAGCAUGGGCAACGCAGUCUGGUGGGGCGUGGGCGGUGCCGCGCUCUCGUGCGUAGUCCUGGGUGGAUUGCUAGUCCACGCGCUACAGAGGCACAGGAGACUGGCGCGCUCCUUCCUGCGGUUCACUGCGCAUACGCCGCGAUACGACAGCCGCCGCGGGCAGGCCACUAUUGGCGACCAUGACGACGACGACGUGCCUCCCAUCCAAGGCUUCUCCGACGACGAGCCGCUGGUGAUAGCGUAAGCCUGUGAUGAACUCGUGAUCUUGUCGUAACAUAGUAUUUAUAUUUAUUGUCCAUGUCUAGGUAAUAUUUACUCAUUAUAUUCAAUAAUGUGGUUGUUCAAAUUUUAGUUACACUCUAAAUUUAAGUACAGAAGUCAGUUUCACGAAGACAAAAUUUAUGCACUGAUUUAUUGUAAUCUAAUUUAACCACAGCCACGAGUAAAUUAUUCGUUAAGAAUGUUAUUCUAGUACUGAUUUAUUUAACGCGCCUAGAGUAUUAUUAUGUUAUGAAAUGUCUAUGUUUAAGUUGUUUUAAGAAGAGUUGUUGUAUACUGUACAUUCGACAUACGCGUUAAGUGUACGCCAUAUGCUUUUUAUUAUUAUUAUUUGCCAAAUUUUUGUGCGUUAUGACAACGAACUUUAUAUUGUUGAUAGAAAAAGACAUUUUGCUUGCUCAUUUCGAUGUAUCGUAUCGUAGGAUAGAACCGCAACUAUCUCGUACAUUAAAUUUAUUCGAGUUCGACACCAAAGAUCGUUAUAAGUACAUUUAAUUAACAUUACAACCUAAGGUUUGUGUUGAACUUUGUGUGAGAAUUAAAACAUAUAGUAAAGGAUCUCUUCAUUCCCAAUGUACUGUGCAUAGUCGUUUUAAGUCUUUAGUUCCUAUAAAAUUUCGUAGCCACGUCAUCUUUUUGACAUUUUUUUUCUAAUAUUAUUUUUGUUUAAAUUACUGUCAUAGAGAGGGCUGGACUCAUAUAAAAAUUGUAAAAAAAACAUUGAAUUAAAAUGAAUAUAAAAAUA